AUGUUCGCCAAGUUCUUCAUCCUCCCCCUCCUCGCCGCCGCGGGCGUGCUGGCCGUCCCCGCCGACGACACGUUCGGCUACGAUCUCGUCCGCCGUUCCGAGUUCCCCAUCCCCGCCUCCAAGGGCAGCGUCAGGCUCAGCGCCGCCAAGGUCAUCGCCGGCGUCUUCGACGGCGGCAUGAAGAUGUACGGCCGUGGCGUCUCCUGCACCGGCCAGACCGAGGGCACCCCCGACGACGCCGUCUUCGUGCUCGAGAACAACUCGACGCUCAGGAACGCCAUCAUCGGCGCCGACCAGAUCGAGGGCGUGCACUGCAAGGGCUCCUGCACCAUCGAGAACGUGUGGUGGACCGCCGUCUGCGAGGAUGCCCUCAGCUUCAAGGGCGACGGCGUCGGCAGGGUCAUCGGCGGCGGUGCCCGCGGCGCCGCCGACAAGGUCAUCCAGCACAACGGCAUCGGCUCCGUCUUCAUCGACGGCUUCACCGUCGUCGACUUCAGCAAGCUCUACCGCUCGUGCGGCAACUGCAAGAAGAUGGGCCGCCGCAACGUCUCCAUCAAGAACGUCAAGGCCUACAACGGCAACCUCCUGGCCGGCAUCAACUCCAACUACGGUGACAUCGCUGACAUCACCGGCACCUGCACCACCUCGGUCAAGAACGUGUGCACCGAGUUCAAGGGCAACAGCAACGGCAAGGAGCCCGCCAUGCUCAGCUCCGGCGACAGCGCCAACUGCAAGUGCGCCACCGUCGAGACCUGCUAG